UUUAAUUAAUUAAUUAAAGAAUGAAAUUAAUUUUAAAUGAAUUUAUUUUCCCUUUAUAUAUAAAGAAGAAGAAGAUUCAUACACGCUGAAACACUUGUGCCUACAUAAUUCUAUAACUUUUCUUCUCAAAAAAUCUGAAAACUCUAUCAUGGAGCAAAAUAAGGAGAAAAAUACCCCUUGGCUAUCAGUACCACAGUUUGGAGAAUGGGAUCAGAAGGGUCCAUUGCCAGAUUACUCUAUGGAUUUUUCUAAAAUCCGAGAAAUGCGAAAACAGAACAAGACUAAUGCGUCAAGAGCAAGUCUUGGUAAUGAGGAGGAGUUUACAACUUCUGUUCAGAAAGAUACAAAAACGGAUGACAGUGAGAUUCAACAUCCUCACUAUCACAAAACUAACUCUUCAGCGACAAGGAGGAGCUUCUUGAGCUACUUCAACUGUUGCAUAAAAGCUUGAGAUUCAAGGGUUCCACAUUUCUUGAGUCUUCUAAAUAUUGUUGAUUAUUAGAAUUAUGCAUUUUUUCUUGGUCAUAUUAAUCUUGCCUAGUUUUUUAGAAAAACAAUUACAAUCUCUUUUGUGUCUUCUAAAGAUAAUUGAUCGGUACAAUUAUGCUUU